AUGCGCGUAGGCAUCCAUACUGGGCGCGUGCUGUGCGGCGUGCUGGGCCUGCGCAAGUGGCAGUAUGACGUUUGGUCAAAUGACGUCACUCUUGCUAAUAAUAUGGAAGCUGGAGGGGAACCUGGGCGGGUGCACAUUACUCAAGCGACGCUGGAGUGCCUGGGAGGCGCGUACGAAGUGGAGCCGGGGCACGGCGCUAGUCGCAACGCGUACUUACGGGAUCAUUCCAUACAGACCUACUUUAUUAUUCCUCCUCCCAGGCGGAGAAAGAUGUGCCUGACAGCCGGAAUGGGUCUAAGUACAGGGUCCCGGAGGAAACUCUCGUUCAAAAACGUUUCAAACGUUGUAGUACAAUUAUUGCAUUCGAUAAAAUUCAAUGUCGAUGUGCCAUUUUCAAACAUGGCCGCUUCGCCACAGGAGCUCAAAGCUAACGCCGCUAGAAAGGUGCAAGACUUGCGUCGCGCGCUGCACGCCGAGCCGGGCUCCGCGGAGGCUCUGCGGCUGGCUGCCCUGAAGGACGACGUGAGCGCGCUGCACCGCCCCCCGCCGCCCUCGCCCCCUGCCUCCGCCCCGCACCAACACACCUUCGACGCCGUCAUGCAACACCACGCACUACGCACACAUGCAACGGUCCACACACACUCUCAUACGCUAACAGACGUGAAGCAACUCACAAUUUUUGAUUGGCUUCUUGCCGCGUCGGAUUUUGGUUGCUUUGCGUUCGCACUUUAA